AUGAUUUCUAGUAUAAUACAAGCAUCUAACGGGAUAAUAAGUAAACGAAAGCUAUUUGUUGAAAAUAAUGACUAUAAUCAAAGUGAAAUUUUAUUAUUCACUGUUGCAUCAUCCAUAAUUUGGAUUAUGGUACCAGGUUUAGCAUUUUUAUAUUCUGGGUUAGCAAGAAGAAAGAGUGCUCUUUCCAUGAUAUGGAUAGUUAUAAUGAGUUCAUUUAUUGGGUGUUUCCAAUGGUAUUUUUGGGGGUAUUCAUUAGCAUUUUCAACAACAUCUUCCAAUAAUUUUAUUGGAGAUUUACAUUAUUUUGGGUUUAAAGGUUUAUUAGGUAAAGGAUCAUCGGAUGAUACUUAUCCCGAAAUUGCAUUUGCUCUUUUCCAAUUACAGUUUUUAUUGGUUACCUUGGCUAUUUUAGCAGGAGCAUGUGUUGCUGAAAGAGGACGUUUUUUACCAGCAUGUAUUUUUUUCUUUUGUUGGUCUACAAUUGUUUACUGUCCAGUUGUUUAUUGGAUUUGGUCAGAUAAUGGUUGGGCUGCUGGGUUUAAAUCAGGUGUACUUGAUUAUGCUGGUGGUGGUCCAGUUGAAAUUUUAUCGGGGGUAAGUGCUUUUGUUUAUAGUGCAUUUUUAGGUCGUCGUAAUGAAACUUUAAUGAUUAAUUAUAGACCUCAUAAUUUAUCAACCAUGUUUUUGGGUACUUGUCUUUUAUACGUUGGUUGGUUGUUUUUCAAUGGAUUCAGUUGUGCAAAUGUUUCUGUCAAAGUUCCCUAUUCAAUGUUGAACACUCAUUUAUGUGCUUCUUUUGGAGCUAUUUCUUGGUGUUUAUUAGAUUUUAGAUUAGAAGGUAAAUACGUUCUUGGUGGUAUGUUAUCCGGGGCCAUUUCUGGUUUAGUGGCUGCCACUCCUUCUUCAGGAGUUAUUCCUUUAUGGGCUAGUGUUAUUUUGGGUAUUGUCGCCGGGGUUGUUUGUAAUUUUUCAACUAAAUUCAAAUACUUGUGUCGUGUUGAUGAUUCUCUUGAUGUUUUAGCUGAGCACGGUAUUGCUGGUAUUGUUGGUUUAAUUUUUAAUGCUCUUUUCGGUUCUAAAACUGUGGUUGGUUAUGAUGGUGCCACUUCUCAUGAUGGUGGUUGGAUUGAUCAUAAUUAUAAACAAUUAUACAUUCAAAUUGCUUACAUUCUUGCCUGUAUUGCUUAUUCCGGAGGAGUUACCGCCAUACUUUGUUUUGUUAUUGAUAAAAUUCCUGGAUUACAUUUAAGAUUAGAUUACGAUUCUGAAGAAAGAGGGGUCGAUGAAGAUCAAAUUGGGGAAUUUGCUUAUGAUUACGUUGAAGUUAGAAGAGAUUUCUGGGAUUGGGGUACUCCUCAACAGCAUCAACAAAUGGACCAAUCAAUGAGUCCUCAAACUCCCACUUUAGCAAAUGAAUACGUUGAUAAAGAAAACACCCAAAUAUAUAACGCUGUUGGAAGCUCAAAUGUCUCAACUAAUCAAAAUGAUGAUGAUCACAAUCGAUUAGAAAAACAAGAUUGAGCAUUUGACUAGAUGUCUAUUGGGUUUAUUUUUUGUUUGUCCUUUUUAAAUUAUUUGAUAUAAGAGUUUCAAAAGUUUAUUAUUUAAUUCCUUCAUUUCUUC